AUGGCAGAUGAAGAAACUAUGUUACAAGAGGUCAUGCAGAUCAUUUUGGAAGAAAAUGAUGAUAGCAUGUAUUUUUGGGAAAUCAAACAAAAUUAUACUGGACAAUUGCCCCUAAAACUAUACACGAUCAAGUCCUAUCCGUUUCUGUUUGAGAUUUCUCAAGAUAGACGUGGUCACAUAGUAACCAUUGUGGCUCAAACCAAAAUCUGCCCAGAUUAUUCAACACCAUCGGGAUGUCAGCACGGUAAUUGUUGGAUGUUUCAUAUAUGUAAAUUCUACAUUCUAUCGAAGUCAUGCUUUCACAAAUCGUGUCGUUUUGGUCACUCGUUGAAAUCAGAACACAACAGGCAGCUUUUAAGAUUGAUGUCGUUAGACCAUCAUUAUAUAACUAAAAAUCAACUUAGAAUGUUGUUUCGGCGUCUAUCAUGUAGGACUAGAGGGUCCGUACCAGUUCCAUGUAAUCAAUAUAAUUGGAAGAACUCGUGUAAAAGAGAUGACAAAUGCCAUAACCUUCAUAUCUGUAAAUAUUUACUCCUGGGUGGUUGCAAAUAUGGAGAUGAGUGCAACAAGAAUCAUAGUAUCUACUCCGAAAAUGUGGAGUUCGCUUUGAACAGAUACGGCAUUACUGUUCCAAAAAGUUUAAGAGCUGAAACCUUUAUGGAAUUAAAGCUGAUCAAUAACGCUGGACCUUCUUGUCCACCACAAGAGAAUGAUGUUGGUGAUGUCCAUAAAGUCUAUAAAAGACAAUCUAAAACCAUUCUGUUAUUUGAAUUCCAACCUUCAUAUAACAUUUGUAUCUACUACUUGGGAGGGUCUUGUCGAUUCAAAGAGCGAUGUCGAAAUAUUCAUGUGGAAUCAUCGUACCAAUGGCAAUGGAUUCCUGAUAGUUCUAGAGGUGACGAGUGGGAAAAUCUGCCCACAGGAAUUAAUCAUGAUUUUGAAAUAUGUUAUUGUAAUCUACAAGAAUUGAUAAGUUUUCUGUCUCCAGACACGGGAAUUACAUAUUCCAUUGAUUUAGACUAUUUAGAAGAAAAUGAUGUUGGAUUUCGCCGCGUUGCAACAGUGGAUUUAACGCCAGGUACUAGUUUGUUCUGUAAACCAUGGGCCACAAAAUGGAUUUGGUACUGGUUAGACAAUGAUGGAAAAUGGAUAGAAUAUGGACAAAAGGGUUCUCUUGGUCAUUUUGCUACCGUCAUAUCACAAGAUAUUGAAACAGCUUAUAAUGAAAAUGUAGACUUUAGUUUCACUACACAAGAUACAGAAAGGAGAGAGGAAGAUCACCAAAGGUACAUCUUAGAUUUUAAUAGAAUGAAGCAAAUUAAUGCUAAGUAUGGAACACAGAGAAAGAUAAAAAGAAGACCCGAGUUUGUUGACGACUCUGUUAUACAGAAACGAAAAGAUGAAUGUAACAGAAGAAAAAAGUUCGAGAAGUUAAACAUACCUUCAAAUUGGAGUCAUACACCAAAUGAGGAUAUUUAUUCACAUUUCCGUGUGGAAGAGCUAAACCCAACAAGUGAAGAAUAUUUAUCUAUUAAGCAAAGUAUUGUCAGUGGUAACAAUGUUGUCAAAAAUAUAAGUAGUAUAAAAAGAAUAGAAAACGUGGAAUUGUGGACUGCUUUUUGUGCCGAAAAAGCAAUACUGGAUAGAAAGUUACAAAGAGAUGUUCCUAUACAAAGGUUAUAUCAUGGUACAGAAAACAGUAUUAUAGAAGCUAUUUGUAGACAAGGUUUCGAUUGUCGUCUGUCUGGAAGUAGAGUCGGCCAUCUUUAUGGCAAGGGAGGUUACUUUGGUAUAAAUUGUGAUGUUUCUUGUAACUACUGUGACGAUAAUAAUAUGUUGUUUAUUGUUCAGGCUGUGGUAGGUGAUUAUACAGUAGGAUGUGAAGGCUAUCUUCGACCUCCAUUAAAAAAUCCCUAUGAUCGCUCUAGUGCUUUGUAUGAUGCUUGUGUAGAUAAUAUGAAAUCGCCGUCCAUGUUUGUAUUAUUCAAUAACAGACAAGUUUAUCCUGAAUAUCUUGUCAGAUUUACAAGGUAA